AUGAAAAAGUUAAUCCGUGAAAGAAAAACCCUCGAGGCUCGACUGAAACGCGUUGUCGAGGAUGUAACAGACCUAACACGUGGUGAGCGUAGUGAGGCUGUGGAGGACGUGGAGCUCCUCACCGAACUGGACAGCGUAGACCAGAUCUGGGCAGCUUACCUCAUCGUUCACAAGCAGAUGCUGGAGCUUUGUGAAGAUGAAGAGGAAGACGAAAUCCUGUCGCAGUUCGAAACCUUCGAUCGAAGCAUCGUGGCCCUGAAAAACAGCUUGCGCAAACAAUUGAAAAGGUUAGACUUUUGUUCUACUCGCCGUGAAGCCACAACGCAAGAUGGCGGCGAUGCCAUUAAACAAUUAGCCGAACAGCAAGCUGAUUUUUUCCGUAUGAUGUCCACUCAUUUCAACACAUCCGCUGCUUCUACGAGUAUUGGUUCUACUCCUACAGCUGCAGCUUCAACCACGCUGCCCCAUCCUGACCUCAAGCUACCCCGCAUGAACCUUCCCGUUUUCAGCGGGAAUAUUCUAGACUGGCCCUCGUUCUAUGACCUCUUUGAAAGUGCCGUUCAUAGCAACCCCUCGCUGCAGGAUAGCCAGCGGUUGUAUUUCUUAAAAACCAACCUGGCCGGCGAGGCAGCGUCUCUCGUAUCUCAUCUGAAGAUCGAAGAUGCCAAUUACGCACCAGCGCUUGCGAAAUUGAAGGAGAGGUACAACAAGCCGCUCAACAUUGCUGCUCAACACAUCCAGCGUUUUCUGAGCCAGCCUGCGAUGACCUUGCCUAGUGAAAGUGGCUUACGCUCGCUCCACGAUGUGUCCGAUGAAGUUGUUCGAGCGCUCAAGGCCAUGGGCAGAGAGGAUCGGGAUAUUUGGCUCCUCUACAUUCUGGUGGAGAAAUUGGACCCCGAGACGAAACAAUUAUGGUGUCAGAAGAGAGCUGAGUUGCAGGAUGGAGAAAUCACUCUCGAGCGGUUUCUCAAGUUCGUCGACGCUCAGAGUUCUGCAUUGAGUGCCAUGAAGCAGAGUCGCCAACGUCCCACGACAACCGCUAAAUUUGCUGCAAAGUCACACCCUAGACCAGUCUCUACUCUGGUGUCACUCACCGAACAGACUUCUAAGGUAAACUGUUCGUACUGCUCAAAAUCGCCUCACCAGUUGUACCAGUGUGGCAGAUACAACCACUCCAGUGCUACUGAACGCUUGGAUUUCGCUCGGAAGCAAAAGCUAUGCUUCAAUUGCCUCAAGCAACAUUGGAAUGAACCAUGCCAAUCCGGUAAUUGCAGAAAGUGUCGUCAAUCUCACCACACACUGCUGCAUGAUGCUUUCGUUCCACACACAGUGCAAGUGCCCACGAGCUCGUGCCCCACCGACACGACGUCGACAACGGCUGCGCCCAGCCGCUCACCGCCCUGUCAGUCGCUGAUCUCUGCUCUCGCGACGAAUAUAAUCGACACGAACGUUCUCCUCUUGACCGUUACUAUCAACGUGCUGGACCAAUACGGCAGACCACGCACAUGCCGCGCGGUGCUUGAUUGUGCGUCUCAUGCGAGUUACAUCACCAAAGACUUGUGUGCUGCGUUAGGGUUACCAAUGGCUGACAUCGAUUUCGAAUUUGGUGGUAUCGCUGGUUCAAGUGGCUAUGCAAGCAAAGGAGUGCUCGUUCCCUUUUCGUCGCGUUGUUCCGCGUAUCGUGACGUUGUACCGUGCGUGAUUUUGGACAAAAUUACAUCGGAAUUGCCAUUAAAGUGUGUUGAUGUGACAGAUUGGCCGAUUCCCGAUUCAAUUCACCUGGCUGAUCCCCAGUUCAAUCAUCCAGGGAAAAUUAGUAUGCUGCUGGGAAACAAGUUAUUCUUCCAGCUACUCGAGCCUGGUACCAUCAAUCUCAGCACCGAUAGCAGUCUCCCAGUUCUGCAAAACACUAAGCUUGGCUGGGUGUUCUCGGGGGCGUACAAGGAAGCCUCUCAACCGUCCGCUCCUCAAUCUAGUUCCUGCUUCUUGGCGGUCGGCAACGACACACUUUCCAACCAGCUACAACAGUUCUGGCAGUUGGAGGAGUACGUGAACCGUUCGCCGCAGUUGAGUGAAGAAGAAAAGAAUUGUGAAGAGCAUUUUGUAGUUCAUACAACUCGUGAUAGUGUUGGUCGGUUUACUGUUCGCUUGCCGUUCCGCGAACAUCCUUCUAGCCUGGGAGAAUCGCGUGAAAUUGCCGCCAAGCGUCUGUGUCACAUCGAGCGUAAAUUGGAGAAAAACCCACUACUGAAGGAGCAGUAUCAUGGAUUUCUACGUGAGUAUACCGACUUGGGCCAUAUGUCACUUGCUUCUUCUCCUAGCUCCAAAGGCUGCAUCUUUCUUCCACACCACUGUGUCGUGAAAGAGUCAAGCUCUACAACUAAAUGUAGGGUGGUUUUCGAUGGAUCCAGCAAAACCAGUAACGGUAAAUCUCUAAAUGACAUCCUGAUGUUGGGACCAAUUCUGCAAGACUCGCUGAUAAACAUCUUGCUGCGUUUUCGCUUCCCUGCUGUCGUGAUAACAGGCGAUAUUCAGCAGAUGUAUCGUAUGAUCCAGCUCUCCGAAGACGAUCGGGACUAUCAGCGAAUACUAUGGCGGUGGUCGACUACUGAACCCGUUGAAGAAUAUCGGCUUAACACGGUCACCUACGGCACCAGAAGUGCAUCGUACCUCGCCACCAAGUGCGUACAACAACUGCUAUUGUCGCAUCAAGAUUGUUUCCCCACGACCGUUGAGAAGGCAAUCAAGGGGACAUACAUCGAUGACGUCAUCACCGGUGCAGAUACUGUAGAGGAGGCCAAGGAACUCAGAACCCAACUGUCGGAAAUCUUCGCAUCAGGCGGUUUCCAUUUGCGCAAAUGGGCUUCCAACAGCACAGCGGCUUUGGCCAGUGUACCGGAAGAGGACAUCGAAGUGAAAGCAGCAAUCGAACUGGACGACUCCACUACGAUCAAAACCCUCGGAAUCCACUGGCAGCCGUGCAGCGACGAGUUCAAGUUCGUGUACCAUCAACCCCAGAUCUUUCAGCCCACAAAACGCGUCAUACUGUCCCAAAUCGCCAGCCUCUACGAUCCCUUAGGACUGCUGGCGCCCACCAUAGUCAUGGCGAAGUUGGUGAUGCAAAAAUUGUGGGAGCUGAGGGUGGACUGGGAUGCAAAUCCCUAA